UCAGGUGGACCUAAUGUCACUGUACACAAGCGGAACUCUAAAUACAGUUUUUGUUUCCACCCGAAAGAGGGAAACAGGUAUAGGAAACGUGACGCCAUCAACCUCGCAAACUAGCCAGCCAGUAAACUGAAAUGGAAGUUGAAAUGGCAACGUCAGUGAUGGACCCCCUGAAAGAUGUCCUUCUCACGUAUUUCAUGCCAGAGAAGUGUUACGAUGAAUUUUUCCUCAAUUUCAAUUUUUUGCAUGUGGAAUGUCUGAAGAUAGUUUUAAGCAAAGGUCUGGGGAUUGGGAUCAUUCUGGGAUCAGUUCUGGUCAAACUUCCACAGAUCCUAAAGCUGAUGGGAGCAAAAAGUGCCGAAGGCCUUAGCUUCAACUCCAUCCUCCUUGAAUUGUUUGCAAUCACAGGAACUAUGGCCUACAGCAUUGCAAACAACUUCCCCUUCAGUGCUUGGGGUGAAGCCUUCUUCCUUACGUUACAGACAGUUGCCAUUGGAUUCCUCAUUCAACACUAUGGUGGAAAAACUAUCAAAGGAUUGAUCUUUCUUGUGGUGUACUUUGCGUUGGCGGCGGUCCUGAUGUCACCCCAGACACCCAUGGCUGUGGUCACGACCAUGCAGGCUUCCAACAUGCCAGCUAUCAUUUUUGGGAGGCUCAUCCAGGUGGGAACAAACUACAGCAAUGGACACACUGGGCAACUGUCAGCUGUGUCAGUUUUCUUGCUCUUUGCUGGAUCCCUGGCUAGGAUAUUCACCACUAUACAGGAAACUGGGGACUCUCUGAUGGCCCUGACCUACGUCAUCUCCUCCAGCUGUAACGGCGUCAUCGCCGCCCAGGUCCUCUACUACUGGAACAGCAGCCCUGAGGCACUGAAGAAGAAGGCGGAGUAACAUCAGUGACUGAGAGAUUCACAUCUUCCUUUUUAGAACCUUCCUGUCAACUCACUGAUCAAUGUGAUCAGCUCUCCAGGGCCUAAAUGUAAUGUUAAACCAUCAGAAGAGGUACAAUUUGUGUUUGGGGAUCUUUGCAUGCACUUUGAAUUGAAAGUGUGGGCGACUAAUACUGUAGCACUCACACAGACACACACAAAAGACAAGAUAUAUAUAUACUGUAUAUUUAAGCCUGAUCAAUGAACCAAGACUUGGGCCCCUCUCACCCUGCAUUCCAUCUGUCUGUGAUUCUCAGCUGUAAUCAUUCUCUCUGUUCUUUCAGAGACAGUUGCAAUGACUUAACUCAGGGAGGAGUGUACUUGGAUGAACAUCAUCAUUAGCACUAGCUACUCUAUCAUUCCUGUAUUCCAUUCUUUCUGUCCAUGUGUCAGGCACUUGAAGCACUGGUGCUGAAUUCAUAUUACAAAUGUUACCAUGGUCCUCUGACCUGUCUGACUCCAUGGUGUAUGUAGAGUGCAAAAAUGUUUCUCAACAUAGCUGUCAAUGUCAUUGUUCUGAGAUCAUUACAAGAAAUUGAAAUGCAAGCGCUGUACUGUCAGAAUUGUACUGUAUGAAAUUCUCCCUUCUUUUUUUGUUAUGCCCCCGACAUGAAUUUUGCACAAUCUGAAUAUCUUUGUACUUUGAGUUUGUGGUAUCACCCAAUAAAUUGAACGGGGAUCCGUGUCUGAUGG